AUGCCUACAAUAAAUCAAUUGAUUCGUCAUGGUAGAGAAGAAAAACGGCGCACGGACCGUACUCGAGCUUCGGAUCAAUGUCCCCAGAAGCAAGGAGUACGCCCGCGUGUUUCAACGAGAACACCGAAAAAACCUAAUUCAGCUCUACGUAAGAUAGCCAAAGUACGGUUGAGCAAUCGACAUGAUAUAUUUGCUCACAUUCCGGGCGAAGGUCAUAAUUUGCAGGAACAUUCUAUGGUCUUAAUAAGAGGAGGUAGAGUGAAAGAUUCGCCAGGUGUGAAAUCCCAUUGUAUUCGAGGAGUCAAGGAUUUGCUGGGAAUUCCGGAUCGAAGAAGAGGCAGAUCAAAAUAUGGUGCAGAAAAACCCAAAUCGAUAUGA